UCCAGGUCCACGUGGCUCUUGCACAGCUCCAGCUGAGUGCGAGGGUAGUAGUGGACGUAGUUGACGCACAUUUCCUCCAUGAUGCCAAAACCACCCUGAGGUGCCACGGACACUAUAUUAGUGAAAACUGACACUGUUGGUGGAAAUUGACAGCUUGACAAGAGGCAACUCACAGCCAUCGUUCUGAGGGCCAGAGCGCUGGCUCUCAAUGACGACAGAAGCAAAACUUAUUGCCACCUUCAACCAGCAAAACAUGUCUGUUGCGAUCUGCACAAAUGAUUGAAUGCAUUUAGUUAUGAACAUCUCAAAUGCUACCAAAUAAAGCCGCAAUAAUUGCAGCUUCCACCCCUCGCCCACCCCUUCGUACCAUGACGAUGUGGUUCUCCGGCAUGUUUUCGGGCAGCUUGUGGAUGGAGCACCAGUAGGUGGUCUCCUGAGUUGGGAUGACGACGCCUGGCGACACCACGUCCAGCGUCUGCACGUCGGGAGGCAGCGCGGGGGCCGGUGUGUCGGGGCGCAACAUCAAGAUCCGCUGAAGGCCCGUGCUGAUUCGGGACAUGUUGAGCUGCUCCGAGUUCCACAGCAGCACCAGAUCAGCGUCGGUCAGCUCCCCUCGGUCCGACAUACCCAGCACCACGCCGUGCUUCAGCUCGGCCACCUUCAGCUCCAUGUAGACCUCCUGGCGGGCGUAGCUGAUGUUCCACGCCAGCUGGAGCCGCCCGAGCGGGUCAAGCAGCACCCGGAAGGGCAUUGGCAGAGCGGGCGGCGAGAGGUCCGAGGGCUUCGAGUCAGUGCUGGGGACCUCCACAACGGUAACGUGGGAGGGAGCCUGGUAGGAGGCCACCAGGAUGACCAUGAGGGCGGCCAGGGCGGUGAAGUACAUGACUGUCACGUCCUGGAGGCGAAAUUCUUUGCUCAGGAUCCUCAUGGCCAAAAUGAUUGUCCCGGAAGCUCAACAGCGUCUACAACUUGUUACUUUGAAGCCAGCAAAGAUCAGGACCUGGCAUCCACUCAGCCCCCGCUUCCCUCCAUGUGACCUGCUCGAUUCACCUUAUCUCUGAAGGCGGUUGAUGGAGAGCCAUUCGAAUGACAGCCGGGACAGUGGUCAUCACCGGUGGAAUUCUUGCUACGGUCAUAUUACUCCUUAUCAUCGCAGUACUGUGCUACUGCAGACUGCAGGUGAGUGCAAAGUAUUACUGCUGUAAAAAGGAGGAGUCCGAGUCGGAGGAGGAGGAGCCGGACUUUGCCGUCACGUCGCGCCUGCCGCCGGUCCACUCCAAUCACAACAUUGUGGCGGCCACGGCCGCCGCCUCCUCCAUUCCCAAUGGUCCCGCCCUCUUCCCCACCCCGCCGCUGGCCCGGAAACUGACACGCUCGCAAACGUUCUGUCCGUCGUGCACCCACUAUGAGCUUCCCUUCUACCUGCAGCCCCCCGCUCCCCCGCCGGUCCACCACCAAGCCGAUGGCCUGAGGAACGGUGGCGAGCGGGUCAGCUACCGCGCCAUGCCCCCGCCCCAGCAACAGCCGGACAUGGAACUGCCCGUGCCCGUCAACAUUUCCAACUACCGUAAGCCUCACUUGGCCCGCUCGGUCACCAUGAGGGACAUGUUCACUCGCAGCUGUAGCAUCAGCACUGAUGUUUAGCUGAGCCUCCAAGAUAGACUAAAAAAUGGCUCUGUUCAAUGUCAUUGUGAUCCCUCUAGUCCAAUUCGGUAUCAUCUGAUGCGCUUUGGACGCUGAACUGGCUCUCAGGACACACUUUGCUAUGAUGAGGUCGAGGAACUCACUUUCAUCCGGAACGCCACACUGAGUUUGUGACUUUCAAGGUUGAAGUAUUUCAGUUGUUAUAUAACUCCUUGGCUUGAUAAUGCUUUUGUAAAAGAUUACAAAACGUAAUUUAUAUAGUCCGAGCCCUCUUCUCCGGGAUGACAUCACGGUCAGGGUUUUUCUCUCUGCCGUAGCUGCUACAAAAAAGCAAAAUAUGAUUAGGAGCAGUGUUUCCCUGCCAUGGAAGGAUCUGUCUCCUCCUCCAUACACAGAUUAUGGAGAUUAUGAAACAUAAUUCAGCGCCUGUGGGACGGGGGUGCCUUUUUUCUGCAGAUAGAUUUCACUUUGGCUGUGAUGUUGAAAUGACAUAAAGGGCUCGCGGAAAAGAUAGAAAUCGUCUAUUUAUUUUCCCAAAAAUCUUGUCAGUGUACUUUGUAGAUGGAUGUCCAGAGCAGUAGUGUGAAUCUGACCGUUAUAUGCUCACAUGACUGUGAAUGUAUAACUAUUUAAUCCUUCAACACGUUCUUGCAAGAAUUUAGUAGGGAAUGGUACAAAAAACUGCACCAAAAUUGCUAAUUCAUUCCAAAGUAUAUUUUUCAAUGUAUUUUUGCCAUAAAAAUGCUCAUUUUGCCAACAUUUCAUAGCUGUAGUCGUAAGGUUAUAAGAAUUCUGCAUUUUGUAGCUCAUUAUUAGGCAAGGAACCACGCAAGGAACUGUACUUGGUGACUUUAUAGGGCUAGAAGUCCGAUCUGGUAACUUAAGGUGACUUAAAACAGCAAUUAAGCAUAUUUGAUGAUGGUAAGGAAACGUAUUUAACAUUACAGGGCAAGGAAGAAUAUUUUUUAAUCAUAAUAGAAAAGGACCUACAUUUGGUGACAUUAUAUGUCCCAGGAACCCUAUUUGAAGACAUCAUAGGGAAAGGAACCCUAUUUGGUAACUUUGUAAAUGAAGGAAACCACAUUUGGUAACCUUAAAAGGAAAGGACACAUAUUUGGUGAUAUUAAAGGGUAAGGAAACAGAUUUGAUGGUCUUUCAGAGCAAGGAAGUAACUUUACAAAGCAAAGAAGCCAUAUUUAGUGACUUUACUGGGAAAGGAAGCAUAUUUGGUGGGUCUAUAGGGCAUGGAACCAUAUUUGGUAACUUGAUCAGACAAGGAACCAUAAUUUGUACCCUUCUUGGGAAAAUAACCAGCUUUGCUAACUUCAAAGGGCAAAGAACCAUAUAUGGAUGCACAAAAUCAUGUUUGCAAGGAACCCUCCAUCCAUCCAUCCAUCCAUUUUCUUUACCGCUUAUCCUCACUAGGGUCGCGGGCUACCGGAGCCUAUCCUAGCCAUCUUCGGGCGGGAGGCUCGGUACACCCUUAACCGGUCGCCCGCCAAUCGCAGGCCCCAUGGAAACAAACAACCAUUCACACUCACAUUCACACCUACGGGCAAUUUAGAGUCCUCAAUCAACCUACCACGCGUGCUUUUGGGACGUGGGAGGAGAAAAGAGAAAACCCAUGCAGGAGAACAUGCAAAUUCCACACAGGCCGAGGCCGGAUUUGAACCGCGGUCCCCCUGUCCCAAGAACUGUGAGGCAGAUGUGCUAACCAGUCACCCACCGUGCCGGCGGCAAAGAACCACAUUUGGCAAUUUCAUAGGGAAAUGAGCUGUAUUUGGUAAUGAUAAAGGGCAAGGAACCGUAGUUGGUGACAUUAUAGGGCAUGAAAUCCCAUUUACUUAACUUUAUAGUGCAUGGUAAAAUAUUUGGUCAAUUUAUGAACUGUAUAUGGUAACUGUAGGGCAAGGAACCAUAUUUGCUAACUUUAGAGGCCAACGAACCAUGUUUACUAACUUUGUGGAAAUCAUUACAUUAUGAAAAUAGACAGAAUAUUGUACACAGCUUAUUUAAAAAAAAAAAAAAAAAAAGUCGUAAAGUACAAAGCAGUAUUUAUCUUGGUUAUUCAACCUGAAAGGUAAUUACAAUAAAACUUGUUUUAAAAAAAAAACCCAAAAGAUAAUGAACUGACAGUAUAUUUACACUCCUAAAAAAAAGAUAUAACGAACAAAAAGAAUAUUACGCUAUUGCCGAUUAUGUUUAAAUGAUCAGAAAUUUUAUUUUCUGGGGUUAAAAAUAAUCCUUGAAAUCCUUCUAAAUUCUUAUAGGAACGCAGCCAUAUAUUAUUCUCCUUAAUAUUUCUUUAACAAUGUCACCCAUGUGCUAAUCGGCAGCAAUAAUGCUGAAUGUUUUGUUUCAAGGAUGACAGCAUCGUACUGGUUUCCAUCAUAACCAGAACUGUGAUGAAACAACAGUUUUACCACAUGGAUUAUUCCUAUAUAAGAGACUUGACUCUGCUCUCCCCUUUACUGAAGCUUCAUGGACUCUCCCAGUCUUUCUUCUUUCUGUUGUCUUUGAUUUGUUGAUCCACACGCUGAAGAUUAAUCUAGCUUUGAACGCACUUCCCUAAAUAUUUAACAGGCCACUUUCUCUCCACUCCUGACACAUCAGACUAAGGAGUAUUCCUGCUCCACUGACUGGCCUUGUGGAGUGCUGCCGCUCGGACUAAGAAGGAGCGGCUUUUGAAUUUUGAUGGCCUUAAUGAGUGGAAUUUAUUACGGCUUGAUGACAAAGAGGAAGUGAGAGCGGGCGCGACUACUCUGGACACCCUCCCACCCCUCUUCAAGUGGAUGCUAUUGUACAUCUUCUUUCUCUCUCUCUCUCUCUCUCUCGCUCUCUCUGUUUAUCAUAUUACAGGGCAAGCUCAUUUAUUUUUCCAAAGGAUCAAACUUGGAGUAAUUGAUGUGCUUUCCUGCAAAUACAUACACAAACAAUGUUAUGCUUUCCUUGUUAAUUAAGCGAUAAGAAGGGUGCACGGUGAACUUGGUGCCAUAACGAAGGAGACACUCUAUUCUUGUUAGUAUUAUUUGGAUUAUUACAGAUAUGUCUCCAAAUGCAGUGUUGCUUUUACGUCAAAAGUAUUUGAAUUACUCUGUUUGUUCCAUGAACCAGCUGUUUUGUUUUCCUGAAGUACAACAGACACAUUUAUGUCCUUGUUUUAAUUGGAUAUCUGGCUAACAGACACAAUGUUGAUAAUAAAAUAGUGUUAAAAAAAUCUCUGAUUUCUUUGCAGCAAUGCCAAUUAUUCUAGCA